CAUCGUUUUCACUUUUUACAUCGACUUUUAUUGAUAAGCUUAAUCAUGAGCUACAUCAAUGACUUUCUAUUGAUCCCGUAAAACGAUCCAAUUAAAACUCUUUGCUGCUUCAUCCCGAGAGUCCAUUGGCUGACAGCUGUUCUCGGUUCUCCACAGCCCCGCCUCCAUCUGUCAGGCACUGCGCUGGUAAAACACAGUGUGACUGUUGAUGCGCUGUAGUGAGAUAGUACUCUAUAACUUUGUAUGACAGCCUUGGAUGGACUUUUCCUGAAAUAAGAAUAAUAAUACAAAGUCACCAGACGUCGUGCAAGGCGUGUGCGUAUCCAAAACUCCACCGUCUUGAAUAUUUUCCUGCACUUUUGUUUUCCCAAGCCCUCUUUUACAGUAUGAAGUGCAGUUAUGGCAAGGAGUAGCAAGUCAGUAACGAGGACCCUGGAGGAUUUGACGCUAGACUCGGGUUAUGGUGGAGCCGCCGACUCCUUCAGAUCUUCCAGUGCGUCGCUGUGCUGCUCAGAGGCACAUGGGGGGAAUUACUGGCAUUUAACUGACUCGAUGCACAGUCGACACAACAGUCUGGACACUGUUAACACGGUCCUGGUCGAAGACGCCGAGAUCCUGGAGUGCACCGGGCAGUGCGCUAAACUACCCGAGCUUGAGGAUGUGCCGUGGAGCCUCGGGGAAGUGGCGAGCGCACUGAACAGGGACGAGGAGAUGAGCCUGCCGACCCCUCCACAGGACGUCCUGCUCAGGCUCUCGGUGCUGGUUAACCGGGCCCUGGUCAGGGUCGCCAAGGAGGCGCAGCGCCUGAGUUUGCGCUACGCUAAAUGCACCAAAUAUGAGAUCCAAAGUGCCAUAAAGAUCGUCCUGUCGUGGAGCGUCUCGAUGAACUGCAUCAGCGCGGCCCUCGGUGCCUUGUCCCUGUACAACAUGAGCACGGAAGAGGACAAGUUCAGCCGCGGCAAGUCGGUGCGCUGCGGACUCAUCUUCAACGUGGGGAAGUUCUUCAGGUGGAUGGUCGACAGCAGGGUUGCGGUAAGGAUCCACGAACACGCGGCGAUCUACCUGGCUGCGUGCAUGGAGAGCCUCUUCCGCGAGGUGUACGCGCGGGUGCUGCGCAGUGCGCUGCUGGAGACGGAUAACGGGAUCCCCAAGUUUACCGUGGAGAUCCUGGAGCAGGCCGUCAACAGUGAUGCAGAGCUAUGGGGGUCUCUGCAACCCUGGCAACACCUGAUCUGUGGGAAGAAUGCAAGCGGUGUGCUCAGCCUACCUGAGGGUCUGACUCUUCAUAGGGACCAACAGCAGCAGCAGCAGCGAGCAGGGAAGAGCGGAGAGGGAAACGCCUACAAUCAGUCUGAGCUGCGCUCUGUUGAGCAGUGCUUACUGGCCACACGAGUAGGCAGCAUCUCUGAACUCAGUGACCUGGUGUCCCGAGCCAUGCACCACCUACAACCGCUGUACAUGAAGAACCACAACAAUGGAACGCCAAUCCACCAGAAGAGCAGUGUGAUUCACUGGGCGCCUGAGGCGAUCUACACGCUGUGUUACUUCAUGCACUGCCCUCAGAUGGAGUGGGAGAACCCCAAUGUUGAGCCCUCCAAAGUUACCUUACAAACAGAGAGGCCAUUUAUGGUGCUGCCACCUCUGAUGGAGUGGGUGCGUGUGUCUGUUGCCCACACUGAACACAGACGCAGCUUCUCUGUGGACAGCGAUGAUGUUCGGCAGACUGCCAGACUGCUGCUGCCCGGAGUGGACUGCGAGCCACGCCAACUCCGAACGGAUGACUGCUUCUGUGCCUCGAGAAAACUGGAUGCUGCCUCUACUGAGGCAAAGUUCCUCCAGGACCUGGGCUUCCGUAUGCUCAGCUGUGGACGCACAGACCUGGUGAAGCAGGCUGUCAACCUGCUAGGUCCGGACGGUAUCAACAGCAUGAGUGAGCAGGGGAUGACCCCACUGAUGUACGCUUGUGUCCGUGGAGAUGAGGCCAUGGUGCAGAUGCUGCUGGAUGCAGGAGCUGAUAUUAACAGCGAGGUGCCAAACUCAGUGCACAAGCACCCCUCAGUCUUUCCCGAAACACGGCAGGCGACGCCCCUCACUUUCGCCGUGUUACACGGACAUGUGCCCGUGGUGCAGCUGCUGCUGGAUGCCAAAGCCAACGUGGAGGGGUCCCUGCAGGACGGGAUGGAGAACUACACAGAGACCCCACUGCAGCUGGCUGCCGCUGCAGGUAACUUUGAGCUAGUGAGUUUGCUGCUGGAGCGGGGGGCGGACCCCAUGGUGGGAACCAUGUACCGCAAUGGCAUCUCCACCGCGCCGCAGGGAGACAUGAACUCCUACAGCCUGGCAGCAGCUCAUGGACACAGAAAUGUAUUUCGUAAGUUGUUGUCUCAUACGGAAAAAGGGAAAGGGGAUGUUUUAUCCCUGGAGGAGAUUCUGGCAGAAGGUUCAGAGCUGGAGGGGAGAAGUUUGUCUGACAUGGACCUGAUCCGGACUGGGAAGGCCAAACUUAAAGCCCUAAAAGAAGCCAUGUACCACAGUGCAGAACACGGGCAUGUAGACAUCACCAUAGACAUACGGAGCCUCGGGGUUCCAUGGACCUUGCACAAUUGGCUGGAGUCUCUGCGCACAUGUUUCCAUCAGCACCGCCGGCCUCUGAUCCAGGGUCUUCUGAAAGAGUUCAGCUGCAUUGAGGAAGAAGAGUACACCGAGGAGCUCAUCACACAUGGCCUUCCUCUUAUGUUCCAGAUCCUCAGAGCCAGCAAGAAUGAGGUGAUCAGCCAGCAGCUGUCUGCAAUCUUCACCCAGUGUUAUGGCCCAUACCCCAUCCCCAAACUGGCAGAGAUCAAGAGGAAGCAGUCGUCACGCCUGGAUCCUCACUUUCUGAACAAUAAAGAGAUGUCUGACGUUACCUUUUUGGUGGAGGGGAAACCUUUUUAUGCCCACAAAGUCCUGCUCUUCACAGCUUCCACCAGAUUCAAAACUCUUCUAGCAAACAGGCCUUGUGGUGAAAACACCUGCAUCGAAAUCAGCAAUGUCAAGUAUCACAUUUUUCAGCUGGUGAUGCAGUAUCUCUACUGCGGAGGAACGGAUGCUCUGCACAUUAGGAAUACUGAUGUUAUGGAGCUUUUGUCUGCGUCCAAGUUCUUCCAGCUGGAGGCGCUGCAGAGACACUGUGAGAUCAUCUGCUCGAAGAACAUCAACACAGAAACUUGUGUGGAGAUCUACAACCACACCAAGUUUCUUGAUGCUCCAGACUUGGCAUCCUAUAUAGAAGGCUACUUCCUAAAGAACAUGGUAAUCCUGAUUGAGUUGGAGCCAUUCAAACAGCUGUUGUACGAUGCACCUCCAGAUAGCCCUGGCUGUGACAUCCUGCAGGACCUGGAGAAAACCUUGGCCAUCCGCAUCCAGUCCAUCCACCUGUCCUCCUCCAAGGGAUCCAUCGUCUGAACUCCUUACUGCACUCAUGAACAGAGAAUAUUUAUCAGAGUGAUAGAGACAUGGCACUCUACUGAGAUAUAUCUGAGUGACAGAUCAUCUCAAGUAAAAGAGAAAAAUAAGACUGGACUGUCCCGUUGCAAUCUCUGUGAAGCUCAUCAGUUGCUAAUAAGCUUCUUGUUAUCUUAGCACAGAUGGUUACAAGUCUGUCUGUCUGCCUUGUUGAUAUCUGUCUACUAUGAGUUAACAUGACAUAAAAUAGCUAGAUUAUGCCACAAUUUGCCAAUAACAUACAUGACUGUAACAAUGUCCUUUGUUCAGCAAGAAUUUCUCAGCUAAGUACAGUAGUACAAAAUGUGUGUUACAUGUUGAACUGAACGGAUGAGGUGGGACGACGGAAGCUCAGAUGAAGAGCAGCAACCAACUGCAGCAGUCAGAGCAUCUGAAUACAUGGCUCCUGGUUGAGACAAUAAACAACCUUAGUGUAAUGUGAUAAGCCAUCCUUACCUAGCUGUGAGGAAAAACUGCCACCACAUGUUGUGAUUAUUUGCUUGAACAUCUGGACCUGUACAGAAUCAUUAAUUUGUAUAUCUGUCAGUCACUUAGCAGUAUUCAUGCUGAUUACUCUUUAAAGCCAAACACAACUGACAAGUAGGCUACCUGUGAGGUGACUGGUGCAAAAGAGGGACAUUCAUCAGCUGACUUUGGGCAACUGGCUGGGAAAGAAGAUUUUUUCUUCCUCCAUUACUGUGUAAAUAUUGUUGAUAAAAACAGAUCUAUUGAUUAUGUAAGUUAAUGUAUAUAUCCACAGAUGUUUUCUCAUGUGUCUUACUGUUGGAUAUCGCUGUAAAAAAAAGGUAAUCUUAUAAA